UGUGACAAGGGCCUUAGAAAUACCAUUAUAUAUUCCACGUAUCACAGACGUCAAACCCAUCGGGCGGCUCAACCUUUGGACAGAGUUUUCUUUCCCUGAGGUGCUGGAGUUUCGGUUUUGUUUUCCAGUAAUGAUGAAAUCCCUCCUCCCUUCACUGUUUCCUGAGCUGUCGUACAGCAGACUUCAUUAACUCUCUGCUACAUCCACUCCGAGGACUCUGACCGACCCAGCCCUGCUCAACCGCCAGGGAUCUACCACUCAUGUCCAAAAAACAGCAGAACAAAAUGCCAGGUUUCGGCCCGUCGGGUUUUAAUCCAGUGUUUUCACCUUUCUCAUCAAGUAACAUGGGACCCUCUGGCCCGUAUCAGCCAGAUCAAUUUACAUUUCAGCCAGCUCCUGCGCCAGAAUCCACAGAAAGGAACCCAGCUCGGAGGCCUUUAUUUCAACAAGGCUUUGAUUCCUCUGCUUCUUCCCCCGACCUUCCAGAUCAAGACAAUAUGGGAGUUACACUUAUGAAUGAGCAAUUUCAAGAGAAGAUCCGUCCAUGUAUUGACCUCAUUGACUCACUUCGGGCAUUUGGGGUGGAGAAGGAUCUGGCAUUACCAGCGAUUGCUGUCAUUGGUGAUCAAAGUUCUGGUAAAAGCUCAGUUCUGGAGGCUCUGUCUGGAGUCACACUUCCCAGAGGUGUUGGUAUUGUCACACGUUGCCCCCUUGAACUCAAGCUGAAAAAAUCUGCUCAGAACUCCCAAUGGUUUGGGAACAUUUCUUACAGAAAUACAAAAAUAAAUCUUGGAGGACCAUCCGCAGUAGAGUCUGAAGUUAGGAAAGCACAAGACAUUGUAGCUGGUGCAGGAAAAGGAAUCAGUCAUGAACUCAUAACAUUGGAAAUCAUCUCUCCAAAUGUCCCAGAUUUGACUCUGAUUGAUCUUCCAGGGAUCACAAGGAUUGCUUUGCCCAAUCAACCCAAGGACAUUGGACAGCAGAUCAAGCAGAUAAUAAGAAAAUACAUAACGAGACAAGAAACCAUUAAUCUGGCUGUGGUUCCCAGUAAUGUGGAUAUAGCAACAACAGAAGUUCUGGAAAUGGCCCGAGAAGUGGAUCCAACUGGAGAUCGAACUAUAGGAGUCCUCACUAAACCAGACCUGGUUGAUAAAGGUGCAGAAGUCGAGGUUGUACGUGUAGUUCAAAACCGAGUGUACAGCCUUCGGAAAGGUUACAUGAUGGUCAAGUGUCGAGGGCAAAUGGAGGUACAGAGUAACAUCUCUCUUGAAGAUGCCAUACAAAAUGAGAGGGCUUUCUUUGAGAACCAUGAACACUUCAGUGUUCUUCUGAACCGUGGGCAAGCCACCAUACCACACCUGGCAGACAGACUCACCAAAGAACUAGUGUACCAUAUCUCUAAAACAUUACCCGGUAUAGAUCAGCAGAUCCGAAGUAAGCUCCGGGAGGCAGAGGAGCAGCUCAGACAGAUCGGCAGAGGCGUGCCUGACUCUGAAGAAGAGAAGGCUCAGUUUAUAAUAGCGAAAAUCAGAGAUUUCGAUGACGGAAUCAUGAAAGUAGUAAAUGGGGAUGAAGAAGGAAGCACCGAAGACUUAAAACUUUUCAAAAACUUAAGAAGACUUUUUGAGUCUUGGGAAAUGACCAUUAAGAACUCCUGUGCAGUGUAACUCAUCCAGAGAUGUUUCAGAGACGUAGCUUCGAAUUGUUUCGUUCAGUUUGAAAAUCUUUAUCAUGCUGCCACGGACAGUAUUGAAGAUAUUUCUCACCAGCAGAAGAGUGAGGCUGAUGGAAUAAUCAA